ACAGAAUUGCCCCACCUGGGAUGCCAAGGUGGACAGUUGGCACAAAUGUUGUUGUCGAGUGUACUGGAUAUGGUUUUGGAGGGAGUCGCUGUGAGACGCCAAACAGUCGAACAGUUGAUGCAAGAGACGGGAUGCAGCCUGGAACAUCCGUCUGCCACCAAAUUCCGCAACCAUGUGACGGAGGGUGACUGGGAAAAGGCUGAAGCUGACCUCACCGAACUCAAGUCCUUGGUGCACUUGCCUCAAGCCAUUGUGCGCAUGAAGUUCCUGCUGCUGGAGCAGAAAUACCUGGAAUUUUUGGAUGAUGGGAAGGUGCUUGAAGCUCUGCAGGUGCUCCGCUUCGAGCUGACUCCACUGAAGUACAACACAGACCGUAUCCACGCUCUGAGCGGAUACCUGAUGUGUAGUGACGCAGAAGAUCUUCGAGCGAAGGCAGAAUGGGAGGGAAAGGGCAGCUUGUCACGUACCAAACUCCUCGAUAAACUUCACACGUACCUGCCGCCGUCUGUGAUGCUACCUCCCCGGCGUCUGCAGACCCUGCUCAGACAAGCGGUGGAAUUACAGAGGGACCGGUGCCUCUACCACAACACCAAGGCUGAUACCAACCUGGACUCCGUCUCGCUGCUCAUGGACCAUGCCUGCAGCAGAAGGCAGUUUCCCUGUUACACUCGCCAGAUCCUCACUGAGCACUGCAAUGAAGUGUGGUUCUGCAAAUUCUCCAACGACAGCACCAAGCUGGCGACGGGAUCAAAAGACAACGCAGUCAUCAUUUGGCAGGUCGAUCCUGAAACACAUCAGUUGAAGUUACUGAAGACAUUGGAAGGUCACACGUACGGCGUUUCCUAUCUGGUCUGGAGCCCGGAUGACACUUAUUUAAUCGCCUGUGGUCCUGAUGAUUGCUCUGAGCUCUGGCUUUGGCAUGUGCAGACAGGGGAGCUGAGGACCAAAAUGAGCCAGUCACACGAAGACAGCCUGACGUGCGCGGCGUGGAACCCGGAUGGCAAGCGGUUUGUGACGGGAGGACAGCGCGGGCAGUUCUACCAGUGUGACCUGGAUGGCAAUGUGCUGGACUCGUGGGAGGGGGUGCGUGUACAGUGCCUGUGGUGCCUGAACGAUGGCAAGACGAUCCUGGCCUCCGAUACCCACCAGCGGAUACGAGGCUACAACUUCGAGGAGCUGACUGACCGCAACAUUGUGCAAGAGGACCAUCCUGUCAUGUCUUUUACGGUUUCCAGAAACGGACGGUUAGCCUUGCUCAAUGUCGCUACACAGGGGGUUCAUCUCUGGGAUUUGCAAGACCGGGUCUUACUGCAGAAGUACCAGGGCGUCACCCAGGGUUUCUACACCAUUCAUUCUUGUCUCGGAGGCAUGAGUGAGGAUUUCAUAGCGAGUGGGAGUGAGGACCACAAAGUUUAUAUCUGGCACAGAAAGAGCGAGCUUCCUGUGGCAGAACUGACAGGGCACACACGCACGGUUAACUGUGUCAGCUGGAACCCACAGAUACCCUCGAUGCUGGCCAGCGCCUCUGAUGAUGGCACGGUUCGGAUAUGGGGACCAGCUCCCAGCCUCGACGGGGAUGAUCCGGAAGGAUGCAGCAGCAGCAACAACAGUCCCGCCGACAGCUGACCCCUGCCGUCAGGCACCGGUUAACUCUUUCUCGCUGUGCCCGCCCGUGUCUCCGCCAGCAGCUCCAUUGGGCGGGCCCCACCAUCUGACGGACAGAGAAAAGGCAGCAGCGGUCCGCGAUGCUUCCUCGCCCUCCCCUCUCCCCUCGCUUCUCCUCUUCACCCACGUCCAUAUCCACAUCACCCGCCAGCAACCACUUCCUCCUGCACAUGGGGGGGCUGAGUGGA